AUGGACCCCUUAUUCACGGCCUCAAACCGCUACGAUCGUCAGGUCCGGCUUUGGGGUGAAGAAGGUCAAGCAUCGAUUGGGUUAACGACUGUUUGUAUGAUCGGAAGCGAUUCCCUUGGUUAGCCGACACUUAAAAAACCCUUUCUAAUUUUUUUCCCUUCGGCAGCCACUGAAAUUUUGAAGUCUCUAGUAUUGGCUGGCAUCCAUUCUGUUCAUAUUAUUGACGAUGUCUUUGCCGAGACGGCUGAUUCCGGUCAAAAUUUUUUCUUGGACGUCGACGACAUUGGUAAAAAUCGAGCGGAAGCAACUCUGGAAAAGCUAAAAGAACUGAAUCCAGCUGUCGCUGGUAGUUUCUCUCUUAUAAACCUUCUCACGUCGUCCGAAAACGAAAACCUGACCAGAUUCUCUGUUGUUGUGGCGGCGAAUCAGACAGAGGAUCUGGAAAUUACUCUCGCUAAACAGCUCUACAAUGCUGGUGUGCCUUUCGUCUCUGUCAAGUGAGUUUCAAUAAGAAAUUUGUUUUACUUCAAAUCUAAAAUCUCCAGAACUUAUGGACUUCUGGGCUCAAUUAAGCAUUGUAUCAAAGAGCAUACAAUCGCCAAUUCGCACGAUGAAAACCCGAAACCUGAUCUGCGAUUGGAUGCUCCUUUUGAAAACUUACUUGAAAUGGUCCGUGAAACGAACCUUGAGAACAUGACAGUGGAACAGCUCCGUCACACUCCAUACAUCUUAUUGUACUUCAAAGCACUCGAUGUUUUCCGUUCUUCUCACAACAAUCCGAAAGCUUUCCCCGAGAACUACUCUGAGCGAAAAGAAAUUCAACGAAUUCUCAAAGACUUUCGUCAGAGCAAAGAAGGAACGGGAAUCAGGGACUCUGAGAAUUUCGAUGAAGCUAAGGCGGCUGUCAACAGAACAUUUCAAAAAACAGCCGUGAGGCGGAACUGAAAAUAUGAUUUGACUGCUAUAAUUCCAGAUAGAUGCUUCUGUCAAGUCCAUUUUCGAAGAUGAACAAUGUUUUGUUUCUACGCAGCCUUUCUGGUUGAUCUGUGAAGCUCUCCGCCGUUUUGUCGCCUAUAGCGAAGGCGUACUCCCUUUGCAAGGGACAUUGCCAGACAUGACAUCUGACACAAACAGAUACACUCGGCUGGCCACAAUUUUUCACGAAAAAGCGCUUAAAGACGCUCAAGAAGUUCUCCGCUUGACACGAAUUGUAGAAAAAGAAAGAGGUGUUGGUGAUAUAAUAUCCGAGGAAAUGUGCUAUCGAUUUUGCAAAAAUUCUAAUAGAAUACGUGUACAACGCGGUGAACAGCUCAACUACGCUAACGAAAUGAUUUCGAUUGUGACCAAGAUUCGACAACUUGGAAGAUCAGAGGAAACUGGGAAAGUGAAUACCAUUAUUUGGAUGCUCUUGAUGCGUGCGGUAGCAAGAUUCAAAAAAGAGAAAGGGCGCUUUCCGGGAACAAACGGAGUUCCCGUCUCAAUUGAUGCUCAAGAUUUGAAGAAAAGGGUCGAGGUGUUGAUAAAGGAUGCUUUAGAGGUGAGAAAAUACGAAAUCCAAUCAAAAACGGUUAUAAUACUUAAAUAACCCCCCAUGACUCAGGAAAAAACGGCGCCAAUUCGGCUUCAAAAUCAGCGUAUUAUAGGGGCACCGCACAGAAAUGGCGCUCUGUUGAGAAACUCUUUUUGCAGUGCAAAUUGAGCGACCUCGGGGUCGAGUUUGAAAAGUUAGGCCACGUUUUCAGUGGAAAAUUACUUCGCGGCCUAGAAAUUCGGCCAGAUUGCGAACAGAGCGCCAUUUCUGUCCAGUGCCUCUAUAAUAAUUAGAUUGAUAUGUGCUCAAAUCAAGUUUCACGCCAACCGUGUGCUGGCUCAAAUCUCGAUUGCGCCAAGAAAACAUUCGAAUCUAAUUAGGUCGCGUUUAGAUAAGUAACUUUCUAAUUAGAUUAAUAUCGAAUUGCCAGAGACUGCAUUUUUUUAUUUUACGCGAUUGGCGUGAAACUUGAUUUGAGCACAUAUCAAUCUAAUUAUUUUUUUUUUUACACGGUUGGCGUGAAACUUGAUUUGAGCACAUAUCAAUCUAAUUAGAAGAUUUAUUAAUCUAGCUAGACAAUUUAUUAAUCUAAUUAGGUGUCAUAUUAUAGGGGCACCGGACAGAAAGAGCGCGAUGUUCGCAAUCUGACCGAAUUUCUAGGCCGCGAAGUAAUUUUCCACUGAAAAUGUGGCCUAAUUUUUCCAACUCGGCCCCGAGGUCGCUCAAUUUGCACUGCAAAAAUAGUUUCUCAGCAGAGCGCCAUUUCUAUGCGGUGCCCCUAUAAUACGCAAGUACACCACACAAAGCAACUUUGGAUCGAAAUUCAAAAUUUGAAAGCACAUCUCUGCAGGUAAAUUGAUUGCGAUUUAAUUAGAACUUUCUUCGAUUCGAUUUGAAAACUUUCUAACUAGAUGUCAAAUCAGAAUAAAGUUCAUCAUUAGAUGCUGAUAUUUUCUUAUUAGAUUCAAAAUUAGCUGCUUCUGCUAUUGAAAUCUAAUUAUGUUCUAUUUGAACACAAAACGUUUCUAAUUACAUGUAAAAGUUAAUCUAAUUGCAAUUAGUUUUGAAUGAAUUCUAAUUAAAUCGCUAUCCAUUUACCAGAGAUAGCUUCCAAGUCCUGUCUAUAAAUAUUAUGUGUCUCAAAUUUACAGAAUGAUCAAGAUGACGUUUCCAAGAUUCUCAACAGAGUUCCCGACGCAGCAAUUACCGAAAUGUGCCGCUUCGGAGCUGCCGAGCUGCACGUUAUUUCUUCUUACAUUGGCGGAAUAGCUGCUCAAGAGAUUAUCAAGCUUGCUACUAAUCAAUAUGUUCCUCUAAACAACACAUUUCUUUUCGACGGACAUACCCAGGAGUCUUCCACUUUUAUGCUUUAA